CAUACCACAACAAGCUUAGACAGCUGAUGUAAUGGCUGAAGUGCGAUGUUAAGAAACCCCAUUUUUUAACCUUUAUAAUCGAUCUUUUUUUUAGUAUUUUCAGAUUUUUAACACGAAGUUUAUUUUUUUAAAUAUAAAAUGAAUCUUUUCGAACCUACAGAGGAUUCAUCAGGAGAAGUUUUGUUUGUGAAUUUCAACCAGGACUGCACGUCAUUAGCUGUUGGGACCAAGAAAGGGUACAAACUGUACUCAUUCAAUCAUCUGGAUGAAUUAGAAGUCAUUCAUACUAAUGAAACAGAAGACAUCCGUAUCAUCGAACGGUUGUUCUCUUCCAGUCUGGUUGCUCUGGUUACCAUCUCCUCUCCCCGCAAGUUGAAAGUCUGCCAUUUUAAGAAGGGAACAGAGAUUUGCAACUACAGCUACUCGAAUACCAUCCUUGCAGUGAAACUCAACAGGCAGCGUUUAGUGGUGUGCCUUGUAGAGAGCCUGUAUAUCCACAACAUCCGUGACAUGAAGGUCCUCCAUACAAUCCGGGACACCCCUCCCAAUCCUGCUGGCCUCUGUGUUCUCUCCAUCUCUAAUGAGCAUAAUUUCCUGGCAUACCCUGGCAGCUCUUCUAUAGGGGAAGUGCAGAUAUUUGAUGCGCUCAACUUGCAAGCAAAGUCGAUGAUUCCUGCUCAUGAUAAUCCCUUAGCUGCCAUGGCAUUUGACCCUACUGGAACAAAGCUGGCAACUGCAUCAGAAAAAGGAACAGUGAUAAGAGUAUUUAAUGUUUUGGAUGGAACGAAACUUUAUGAAUUUCGACGUGGCGUUAAAAGGUGUGUCAGGAUUUAUUCUCUAUCCUUCAGUGAAGACUCGAGGUUUUUGAGUGCAUCCAGUAAUACAGAGACAGUACACAUCUUCCGAUUGGAUGAACUUAAAGACAUCAAGCCAUCUGAGGAGCCACAGAGUUGGCUGGGAUAUUUUGGGAAGGCUAUUGUUCAGUCCGCUAGUUAUCUACCCACUCAAGUUGCAGAUAUGUUGUACCAAGGCAGAUCAUUUGCGACUGUCCACCUUCCAUUUUCAGGUUUAAGGAAUAUAUGCGCUCUUGCGACCAUUGACAAGAUUCCUCGUGUCUUGGUAGUGUCUGGAGAAGGAAUCUUAUAUAUCUUGGACGUGGAACCCAUAGAGGGUGGUGACUGCACACUUGUCAAGACACACAAUUUGUUGGAUUCUGAUGAUGAAAGUCUCGAUGGUAGCCGAUCCAAAGACUCCCCAGAAACUCCAGUGGAUUCUCCAAGUGCACGAAGGCCAUUCCAACCUGGGGGCACGAGCUAUGCAGCCAUAGUGCGGGGUGCGGAAGCGGGAACGGCCCAAGGUGUGUAAUGCAUGGACCUCGCCCUCUUGCAUGAGAAUCAGAACAAGAGUGUAAAGCUCCGAUCACAGCCCGAAAUGACUAUGAAAAUGAUUUUCCACCCAUGGUAUCGAAGGUGGACCAGUAAGACACUACAUAUCAAUUCACACACACUGCUUGUGUUCUGCUUCACAGCUGCCUGGGAGAGUUAAUUUAAGCCUUUAAUAAAUCAUAGCAAAAAGCAAAUACUGUUUACAAAGUACACUCUCCAUAAUUUUUUCUAUGGUUAAAAAAAAUGAACCCUACCCUAUGCUCAUAAUUUCUACUCAGGCUGAUGUAAAACAAAUAAAAAGCAAUCCGUGAAUUAUGUGAUGAACUCCAUUACAAUGGGGUUGCUUCAGCAUUCAGAAACUCCAAUGUUUCUAAAGAGUGGCAGUAUUCAAAAUCGUAUAUAGGAAUGUUCCAUGACCAUUAUUUGAAAUUUUGAUUAAUUUUCCGUACUGAAAGUUACUAGGGUAAAGAGUUUUUAAUGAUAUCUCUCAAAAAAAUUCAUAAAAAUAAAUAUGUAAUGAUAAUGAUUAAUUAAAUUAUUCAUAUGUUUUUGGCGGUGCCGAAUAUUAUCUUACUGGUAUUUAUUUAACAAGAUAAAGUAUAUUUUUGGUAUGGCAUCAGAUUUCUUAUAUUACUCUAAAAUUAGUGUUGAAUUUUAUCAAAUCUCAAACUACUAGUAACUUAAAUAUUGUUUCUUUUUCUUUUGGAAUAUCAUGAGAAAAAAAAAUAUCUAUUUUGUCACAUUUUUAUUUCUUAUACCCUAUGAACAAUGAGUACUGAUUAAAAUGACUUUAUUAAAUGCAUAUGAAUAAAAAUGAUCACUUAAAAAAUGUAAUAUAAUUUAUCAAUCAUCAAUUAAAAGUUUUGAUGCAUUGUUAACAAUUAUUUUAUUGCCAGACUAUUUGCAAGUGACACACUUGUAAAAAUAUCAGAUCCGGGAAUAAUAAUCUGCUUUCUAUUUUGAGAAAUUUAUUAAUAUUGAAAUCUGUUAUAAUUAAAUAAAACUUUUUUUUUUCUUACUUACGACUUAGCUUUCUUAGAUUACAAAGUAGGAUAAUGAACAAAUAAUAAAAGUAUGCCAAAAAAUAAUAAUUCAUAAUUAUAGAAUUAAAAUAUGUGUAAAUUUCGGAUGCUAUUCCAAUUAUUCAUGGAUAUCCUGUAUAUUUCUACUUUAAUUCCAAUUUAAAUACCAGCAAUAAAAUGUAUAAAUAUUGACAUUUAAUAUUAUUAUAAUAAGUGAAUAACUAUAUAAGUUAUUGUUGUAAUCAUGUAAAUAGUUAUUUUGUCUUGUAUAUGAAGGCUACUGAAACGUGAUUAUUUGUAUCAUAUUUGUAAUCUAUGUAAAAAAAAAAAAAAAAUGAAAUUUUAUUUCAGUUAUCCAUUUUUUAGUUACAUAUUUAUACAUUAACUUAUUUUAUAGAAAAAUGACUCUUUGUUAUUCUUUUCAGAUGUUAAAUGAUAGUUGGAAUGUGAGAUUUGAACUCCCCAUUUAUUAUAUGCUCUUAUUUCUUUGGUUUUGGUUUCAUUAUCAUAGUUUUAAACACAGUCGUAUAAGCAUUUAAAUGAAUAAUCUUGAUAUCUUUCAAUGCUAUAAGUAUCCUAAUUUUGGUUACUACAUUCAUAAUUUAUUGUUGGUAAAGAUAUUACAUUACCACAUUGUGACUUUCUGUUACAACUCUGUUGUGAAAAGUUAAAUCGAUAAUGGAUUAAAUAUUGUUUCAAAUUAUAACAAACUAAUUAUAUGACUAAAGCUGAAAAAUAAUUUUAACUUUUAGAGUCACAGUCUGUGAUCACUUAUGUUUGUCUUUUGAAAAUCAGCUUAAUUUCACAAUGUUAAUGAUUGUGGUUUUUUUUUUUUUAUUUUUUUUUUUUUUUUUGUCUCCUUUUAAUGUAUGGGACAAAAUAAUGAUAAAUGUUUUUUUGCCUUAAGUUUGUAAACAUUUGCUUAAGUAAUUUAUUUGUUGCAUAUUUACUCUUUCUACAGUCUUUUAAAUAUCACUUUGAAGGGUGCAAAGCAGCUGAACAAUUUUCAGAACUCUACAAAUUAUUAUUCUCUUCAUCCAAUUCUGGAAAUAAUAACUGUGUUUUGUUUGACUUAUAACAUCUUUUAUUUCGUGAGAAUUCAUUUCAUAUUGCUUUGAGAAAUAAAAUUCAAGGUGGCUACAGAAACCAAAAAAAAUUACCUUAAAUAAACUUGCACAACGUAUCCCUUUCUCCUUACUCAGAAUCGCUUUAUGUGUACAAUAUGCAUUAUAAAAAAUAGUUUUAGUAGUUAUUUAAUUUGAAAAAAAAACUAUUUAUGUAAAAUUUUAUUUUAAAAAUGGAACGAACAUCCAAAAAAAAUUUAUUAAGACAGUGUUUCUUAUAUGAAAAAAAUACUGGAAAAUCUUGCAAAGUACUUUGCUUCUAAAACUGCUUAAUUCUUAGAAACAUUUAAAUUACUCUUUGCAACACAAAUUAUUUUAAUAGUUCGAUUCAAAUUUAAUUGACCAACAGUUUCAAAGUCAGACUCGAGAUUUAGCAGCAUUUUUUUUUUAUUGCAAAUUGAUUGAAAUAUUAAAGAAUUUAAAUAGGAAGAUUUUGCUUCCUCGUUGAGAAAAUUGCAUCUCCUUCUUAAUUAACUGAUGAUAUAACCCUCGAAGGAGAGGUUACUUCAUUGAGGUGAUGUAACCCUCCAAAUCUCAAAUAAUGGACUAUUUUAAAUGUUCAUAAAAUACACCUACAUUUUUCUAUCUUAGAGGAGGGGUGCUAUAUUGAGUUUAAGUUAAGUUUUUAUUCCAGAGCAAUCAUUUGAGCUGCUUCUGUACACUUUUCAGCUGCUCCUCUCCAUCUCCUGUUUCUCGCUUUGGGUUUUGUAUAACAAUUGGUUUUAAAAUACUUUCAUCAUUAUUAUAAUGAUUGUGAAGGGGGAAAAAAAUGUGUUUAUUGCGCUUUAAAUAGAUAGGCUUGUUUUGUUAUUUUUUAAUGUAAACUGAACCUCAUUGUGUCUUGUAUUGCAUCAUUUAUAGACAUAUGUUUGUAAUAUUUAAAGAUUUUUAAAAAUAUUGUGAGUGUCUUUGCUUAUUGUGUAUAAUUAAUACUUCAUUAUGUUAAUAAAUCAUUGUUUAUUUUAAUUUUUUUCCAAAAUAAAUUCUAAAGGUGUUUGUUUACACCCUCUUUUGAUUGUCAGAUGCAACUGAAAUUGGCAGGAACUUCAGGCAGUUUUCCCUCUCAUCAAUCCCCCCCCCCUCCCUUAUUUCGUUUGAAAGAGGAUUUCCUUCCCUAGUAUCAUUUACAUUUAGAUCUCUUUCUUCUGAUCUGGUUUUCAUUACAAAUAAGAUUCAAAAUUAUUUGCACUUUUAUUGUGCAAAAACAAGUGCACAAUGAAAAGUUUUAUAGCAUGAUGAAUUAUUGUAAUUUCAAUUUUAAUUGAUGUUAGAAAAAGGUUUUUACCAUCUCAAGAAAUGGACCUGAAAAAUUAAUUUGUAAGUAAGAAUAAAAAGUAGGAUCUUGGACUAUUAAAGAUUGUUUUGGCAGGAGUUAAUUUUUCUAGGAAAUUCUCUUGUAAGAUUACAGAGACAUUUUCUGUACAUUUUUUUUUCUGGUGAAAUAAAUAGAAGUUGAAAAAAGUAAGUCUAAAAUGAAGGCACCAUAAUUUUUUUAAGUGUUUCUUAAAUUUCAAUUAAAUGUGAAAUUAAAACAAGUGUUCUAAUGCUUUAUAUUUUAAAAAUGAAUAAAAAGGUGACAAGUCUAUUUAUUAAGGUAAAUGCAUUAUUUCCGCUGAAAUUAAUCCCAUCUGUAUCCUUGUACAAAAGGAAAAUUCUUUAGUUACUCCAUCUAAAUCCUUGAGAGUUUGCCUGGAGAACUUGCUUUUAAAAUUUCAGACAUUCAUGUCUGUUGUAUAUACAUAUGCAUAGACAUAGAGAAAAUGUUUUGUGUAUAUGAUGUUAAAUCGACUUUGUAUGGAUGUAUAAAGUUCAACAGUAUGCCAAAGGUAAUUUGCAAGAAUAUAUAUCUGCAAAUUUGAAAGAUUUUGUUUCUGUGCUUUAAAUGCGAAUUUUACUCAGUAUAUUUAUUUAUUAUUCUAAUUUUAUUUUGUUUUCUGUAAAAUUAUAAACCGGAGAUUUUUAUGACAGUGUGCAUCUCAAAGUGAUCAGUGUUUGUAUAAAUAAAAGAUUUAAAAAUGCAA